AGGCAGCGCAUGCUCAGUGGGUCGGGGCGCUACGCGGGUAGAGGAGUCCCAGAGCUGUUGCUUCUGGGGGCGCGGCCCGGGCUAUGCCGGGGCAGUCCUGGGGGCGCGGGGUCCUGGAGGCCGCACGGGGUUGAGGCGGCCCCGGUUUGGGAAGUGAGUGUCCUCGAGCUGCCUGAAGAUGGUGGCCUAAGCCUGGAGUCCAGGCAUGAACUUCCCCACCAUCUCCCGAUCCCCUUUGGGGCCUCCAGCCGUGGACUUGGAGGAGGCCAGGGACAUUCUUGUGCCCUCGGAGGACCUCAGUCCCAACAGCCAGUGGGAUGCGGUGCCAGGAGGCCCCAGCAGCCUGAGUCAGAUGGAACUUGAUGCGUCAAGCGUUCAGGAGCUGGUGCAGCAGUUUGAGGCUCUGCCGGGCGAUCUGGUAGGCCCGUCCCCAGACGGAGCCCCCUGCCCCCUACACAUUGCCACAGGCCACGGCCUGGCCCCCCGGGAGAUCGCCGAUGCCCAUGGACUCCUGUCUGCGGAGGCGGGCCGGGAUGACCUGCUGGGCCUCUUGCACUUUGAGGAAUGCCCGCCUUCCCUGCCUGGUCCUGAGGAGCCUCUGCAGCCUGCCCCCCAACUGUUGCAGCCCCCUGAGGACCCAGAGGAGGAUCCUGAUCCCCCAGAAUGGGCGGAGGGGGCCACUGCUGAGCAGGGGGGCAGCAGGAGCUCAAGCAGUUCCCCGGAAUCCUGGCUGGAGACGGUGCCUCUAGUUGCACCUGAAGAGCCACCUGCUGGUGCCCAGAGCCCCGAGACCCUGGCUUCCUACCCUGCCCCCCAGGAGGUGCCCGGUCCCUGUGACCAUGAGGACCUUCUGGAUGGUGUCAUAUUUGGGGCCAGGUACCUGGGCUCCACCCAGCUGGUGUCCGAGCGGAACCCGCCCACCAGCACGCGCAUGGCCCAGGCCCGGGAGGCCAUGGAGCGCGUCAAGGCCCCCGACGGGGAGACCCAGCCCAUGACGGAGGUGGACCUCUUCGUCUCCACCAAGAGGAUCAAGGUCUUGACGGCGGACUCCCAGGAGGCCAUGAUGGACCACGCCCUGCAUACCAUCUCCUACACCGCCGACAUCGGCUGCGUGCUGGUGCUGAUGGCGCGGCGGCGGCGGGCGCGGGGGCCAGCACCCCAGGACCACGGCCGCCGCCUCCACAGGAUGCUGUGCCACGUGUUCCACACGGAGGACGCCCAGCUCAUCGCCCAGGCCAUUGGCCAGGCCUUCGCUGCUGCCUACAGCCAGUUCCUGCAGGAAAGCGGCAUUGACCCCAGCCAGGUGGGCACGCACCCAAGCCCAGGCACCACCGGCCCCGGCCACCUCCACAACGGGGACUUGGACCACUUCUCCAACAGCGACAACUGCCGGGAGGUGUGCCUGGAGAAGCGGCGAGGGGAGGGCCUGGGUGUGGCCCUGGUGGAGUCGGGCUGGGGCUCCCUGCUGCCCACAGCUGUCAUCGCCAACCUGCUGCACGGGGGCCCCGCCGAGCGCUCAGGGGCCCUCAGCAUUGGGGACCGCCUGACUGCCAUCAAUGGGACCAGCCUGGUGGGGCUGCCCCUGGCCGCGUGCCAGGCCGCCGUCCGCGAGGCGAAGUCGCAGACGUCAGUGACACUCAGCAUCGUCCACUGCCCGCCCGUCACCACGGCCAUCAUCCACCGGCCCCACGCCCGCGAGCAGCUGGGCUUCUGCGUGGAGGACGGCAUCAUCUGCAGCCUCCUCCGUGGGGGCAUCGCCGAGCGUGGGGGCAUCCGCGUGGGCCACCGCAUCAUUGAGAUCAACGGGCAGAGCGUGGUGGCCACACCACACGCCCGCAUCAUCCAGUUGCUCACUGAGGCCUACGGCGAGGUGCACAUCAAGACGAUGCCCGCCGCCACAUACCGCCUCCUUACAGGCCAGGAGCAGCCCGUGUACCUGUGACCGCCCCGUCCCCCGCCUGCCACCGUGCCUUCGCCUCCAUGGCCCUGGAGUCCCAUCCCGGGCCUGCCUUGGCUGGCCAGGACCCCAGCGGUUCCUUGGUCCUGUAUGAUUUUCUAAUACAAAAACAGUAAAAGCUCAUCCAGUCGGCAAA